AGACUGGUUAUAUAAGACAACUUGCUCAUGUAGCUACUUUUUUAGACAUUAGAUUUGAGGCUUUGAGUUUAACUACCCACAGCUGCAGUAAUACCAAUUCAAAAUUCUCCUCUGAGGAGAACGAAGCUGGAAGCCAAGACCUUUAUAGCGAGAACACUCGAGCAAGUCAACACAUCAACUUACCAGCGGCUUUAUAAUUAUAUUUUUCUAUCGACUUUUUUUGCCCAAAGGCUAUCUUUAGACUCGGAUGUUAAAUAUAGUCUACUUUUCUGUUUACCGUAUGAGCCAAUACACAGUACAGAACAAACUUCAGACUUUACCGUAUAAACAUACAAAUUCUUUAAAGGUUUAGAAUGACAUUUGGCUCAUUUUAGCCAUAAAAGAAAAGUUUAAAAGUCAAACUUUUGCCACAUACAAUGGGAAAACAUUGGAUUUAUUGCUGCAAAAGAUCUUUUCUACAUUUUUUUCAGCAACUUCUCCACCGGCAUGUGGGACUAUUGUGAGACUAGCCCAUUUCCCAUCAAAUAAGAAGUUUGAUUCAUAGAUAAUGCUUAUCAACCAGGUGUGAUGUUUUAAUCUGUUUACUACGACAUGAACCUACGCUCAUGAACAUACAGUUCUUUGUGAAUUACACGACUCCCUGCAGCAGGAGACCCUAUUAGCGGAAUAAGCGCCGCUCGACGUGUGUUAUUAGCUCUUGUGCAAAAAAUGAAACGAGGUGCUCGCAACGCCUGAGGCUCAACAUCUCUCUUAAACAUCAGUCGUAAAAACCGUGGCACCACCCCUCAGAGCUCUCCAAGCCAAUAGGGCGCCAGAAACAAAGCCAGGUCGCCCUCGCAAAAAAACCCUUAAUGUGUGCCCAAAGUUUGGCACAGGUCGUCUUCAGGCAGAGAGGUCCGUGGGCAUUGCUAGAGACGAACUGGAGGGUGACGACACAUCUCUUGGCCAAGGGACCGAACUUCUCCAUCCAUUCAGACUCUCACAUCCCCUUUGAGGGACACAAACAUGGCUCCUCACCUCAGCCUGAGCAGGAGCCGGGUGUGGCUGCAGACAUUGUUUGACGGAUGUUUAACGCACAUGAUUCUCUUCACGCUGCUGUGUGCACCAGCUUUUGCUCAGCUGGAUUUGAACAGAUUAGAUGGCGACACUGUGUGCCCGACCAUGAGGAACGGACAAGAUGACCUUCCAGGGUUCGAUCUGAUCACUCAGUUUCAGUUAGAUGUCAUUCCCAUGAGGGGUGUCCGAAAGGUCGAAGGUUCGACUCCCCUGCAGGUGGCGUACAGACUCGACCGAGAGGCCAACUUCCAAAUUCCAACCAGGUUGAACUUUCCGAGGGGCUUCCCCGACGAAUAUUCCUUCAUGACCACCUUCCGCAUGAUAAAGAACACCGUGAACAAGGUGUGGAACAUCUGGCAGGUGGUGGAUGAGGACGGUUUUAAGCAGGCUGGCAUGCGUCUCAAUGGAGACCAGCAGGCCCUGGAGUUCUUUCUCACCACUAUGGAAGGAGACCUCCAGACCGUCACGUUUCAAGGCCUGUCCGUUCUCUUCAACACCAAGUGGCACAAGGUGAUGGUUGGCGUGGAGAAGGAACUGGUGACCCUGUAUGUCGACUGUCAGCCUGUGGACCAGAAACCCAUCAAGAGGAAAGGCUACGUCAACACGGAGGGAGACACUCUGAUUGGACGGCUGGAUUCUGACCCCAACACCUCUGUGGUGUUUGAGCUGCAGUGGAUGCUGAUUCACUGCGAUCCAAAGAGAGCUCAGAGGGAAAGCUGCAAUGAACUUCCUGUUUCUGAGAUGUUUGCCAAUGCUGAGCCGGACCCCAAGCCAGUCCCCGGUCCACCCGGCCCUGAGGGUCCUGAGGGGCCACGUGGACCCUCAGGAGAUGAUGGUCGGGAUGGAAGAGAUGGUGUUCCAGGUACUCCAGGCACUCCUGGAGCUCUGGGCAGUAAAGGAGAGAAGGGUGAGAUUGGACUACCAGGACAGAGAGGACUUCCAGGGUUACAGGGGGCUGUGGGAGCUAUGGGACCCAUGGGGCCACGUGGGCCAGUGGGAGAAAGAGGUCUUCCUGGAUUUCCUGGACCACCUGGAGCCCCUGGACCAGAAUCUGUUGGACCACCAGGACCCUCGGGAAAGCCCGGUACUCCAGGAGAUGAGGGAAACAUCGGACCAGAGGGUCCCCCUGGACCAAGAGGAGGUCUUGGCCUCUCAGGACCUCCAGGCCCACCCGGACCUCCAGGACCAGCCGGGCCGGCAGGUGCUGGGAAUCCAGAGGGGAGUGGGGAAACUUGUCAGACAACAUGUCCAGCCGGACCACAGGGGCUCCCCGGUCUGCCAGGGAUGAAGGGACAUCGAGGUCUUCCAGGUGCGGAUGGAGUGCCAGGUAACCUAGGUGAAAAGGGAGAUCUUGGGGCAUCCGGAGAGCAAGGUCCUGCUGGACGCCCUGGAGAAGAUGGUCAGCGAGGGGCAAUCGGAUUUCCGGGUGCUCAAGGUGAUAAGGGAGAUCGGGGUCCUCCAGGUUUUAAUGGCAUCCCAGGACCAACCGGACCACCGGGAUCUCCAGGUGUUGAAGGCAUCAGGGGGAGAGAGGGUCAUCAUGGACCCAAAGGAGAUGAAGGUGUGAUCGGAGCACCGGGAGAGAAGGGAGCGACAGGUGCCAAGGGUGAUGCUGGUGAACCAGGAAAACACGGCUCUGAUGGAGAAACAGGAGCUCUGGGAGAGAAGGGAGAGCCAGGACUGCCCGGAGCCUUUGGUGUCCGAGGAAUUGUGGGAAUUCCUGGUUUGCCAGGAAAACAAGGACUCGUGGGACCUGCAGGCCUGAAGGGUGACACCGGUGAUGUUGGACCGAACGGUCCAAUCGGACCUCCUGGUAAAGAUGGUGCAACUGGACCCACUGGAGAAGACGGAAUGCCGGGCUUUAAAGGAGCCACUGGUGAGACAGGAAAACAGGGUCCAGUUGGCCCAGCAGGCCCACCAGGAAUCCAGGGAGAUCACGGUGAUAAAGGACUUAUGGGUCCUCGUGGAAUCAAGGGUCACACCGGUCAUAAAGGAGAUCAGGGCCCAAUAGGUGUAGUCGGUCCUAAAGGAAGUAUGGGAGAACCAGGUGUUUCAGGAGAACAUGGCAUGAAGGGUGAUCAGGGGCCCACUGGUAUCCCGGGAAUCAAGGGAGAGCAAGGACAAAAAGGCCAGAGAGGCGCCACAGGUGCCGAUGGUCGUCCAGGACAGCCGGGUCACGAGGGUCUGACCGGACCCCAGGGUGCCAGUGGGCUGGAAGGGGAAAGAGGAUUAACUGGACCCCCUGGUCCCAGAGGCUUACCUGGUCCCAAGAUGAGCGACGAGAAGAUUCGUGAAAUGUGCUCAGCUGUCGUUGAAGAACAUUUAGAUGCCUAUAAGAAAGAACUGGCAAAGAAGCCUCUUGCCCUCGGAGCCCCCGGUACGCCAGGACCCGUGGGACUACCCGGACCAGUAGGACCAGCAGGGGCUGCGGGCGUAGCUGGACCCAGAGGACUUAUGGGACCCAAGGGACCUUCAGGAUAUCACGGUCUUCCUGGAAAACAUGGAGUCAAAGGUGAUGCUGGACAAAAAGGUGAUAAAGGCGAUAAAGGAAUCGGAGUUCCAGGAAUUCCGGGAGAACCUGGACCUCAAGGAACAGCUGGCAAACCUGGCAUUGGUAAGGAUGGCAACGAUGGCGCUAGAGGAGAGGCCGGCGUGCCUGGAACACCAGGUACCCCUGGGGCGAGAGGAUCUCCGGGAGCUCCCGGCCUCUGCGAUCCUUCAAACUGCUACAGGCCGCCUCAACCUCUGUACCUGCUUGGUGGUAAAAAGCCGGUCAACAUCAAGGGCUAAUGAACAGAAAGACCUUCAUCAUGGGGAACACAGAGACAGUCCAUUUCCCGUAAACUUGAGGACACUUUAAAUGGUGCUGUGACAAACAAAUCAAAGUGUUGUAUCGAUAGAGAGACGUACAGAUGGCUGAUGUGAUGGUGCAUGAAGCAAUUUAAAUGAUAAUCGUGCCUUGUACAUAAACUUGUUCAGACGGGAAGAAAAUUUGAAAAGGUGUGUUUGUCUACAAUUUUAAUCCUCAGGAAAAACUAAAAAAUAAAAUGAUUGGAAAUUGAUGUUUGAAUUCCUGGGACACUUAGAAAUGACCUUGUAAAUUACUUUCAAAUGAAGCCAUGUUGAAUCAAUUUGUAGAAAAGAAAAUGUCACCGUUCCAUUGUUUGCAUGUCAUUUUUCAUAAAAUGGGAUUUUUAAAGACUGACGUUAGUCAUGGUGCCAGAAAUUAAGCUAAAGCCGACAACCUUGUGUUCCAGUAACAGGGCAGCUUAAAAUAAAUCAU